AUGAUAAUAAGCCUAUUAUUAAUUAUAAAUAUUUUAUUAAUUUUAAACAUCUAUUUAAUUGCUUUCAUGAACUUAAUAAUUAUUAUCUAUUUAUUAUACUUAAGUUCCAUUGCUCUAAUAUUAAAUUAAUUAAUUAUUAUUAGAAAUAAUAUCACUAUUUUGUUAUUAUUAUUAGUUUAAUUAAAAAAAUUAAUUAUAAUUCUCCUUUGUUUAUUAUUAAUUUGUCUAAUUAUUAUUUAACAUAUUUUAAUCUAUGUUUUGAUAAUUAUAACCUUGUUAUUAAUUAUAAUUAUUUUAUUAAUUUUAAACAUCCAUUUAAUUGUUUUCAUGAACUUAAUAAUUUUAAUUGACUAUUUUUUAAUCUUAAGUUCCAUUGGUGUGUUAUUAAAUAAAUUAAUUAUUAUUAGAAAGAAUAUCAUUGUUAUGCUAUUAUUAGUGUUAUUAAUUCUCAUAUUAAAAAAUGGCAUUCGCUUAUUAUUAAUUUGGCUAAUUAUUAUUGAAUACAUUUUAAUUAUUUUAAUGUUCUAAUUAUAAAUUAGGAUUCAUUUGUUUGUUUUCGAUUUGCUAUUAAAAGUAUUAAUUAGGUUACUAAUAAUUUGCUUAAUUUACAAGAAAAUUAUUUUAUUCUUAUUAUUUUGGCUGUUAAAAAUUGAGAUUGAAUGA